CGUUGCGAUGGAUGUUUUCAAUUGCAGUUGAAUCAAGCGGUGCAGAUCUGGGCAGUCGCCGGUCCGCUUCGAUCGUCCCUUUCAAGCCGUCCUCGAAAUCUCCGCUGCCAUUCUUUCUGCUGACGAUGUGAAAUCGCGCCCGGCCCCCUUGAAUGCAGAGCUAAAGGCUAUCCCAAGUUCCCUGGCAGACUAACAAUAAAGCUUCCUGUGCAGGAAUGAGGUUUUAUCACACCUGCAAGCUACCUGGAAGAAUCAUGGGGAUCCGGCUCCUUCACUUCUCUUCCGUUGUGAUCCUUUUAUUGCUCCUGGUGGCAGGUGCAUUAACAGCUUUGCUGCCUAAUAUUAAGGAAGAUAAAAUACUUACUUUGCGAAGGGAAAGGAAAUCCCAGAGCCAGUCUGCCUCAGAUUCAUUUACUCUCAUUAUGCAAACGUACAACCGAACCGACUUGCUUCUGAAGCUAUUGAAUCACUAUCAAGCCAUCCCUCAUUUGCACAAAGUGAUUGUUGUAUGGAAUAACAUUGGAGAGAAAGCGCCCGAGGAAAUCUGGAACUCCCUGGGACCACAUCCCAUCCCGGUUAUCUUCAAAGUGCAAACAAUCAAUCACAUGAGGAACAGGCUUCAGGUUUUCCCUGAGCUGGAAACAAAAGCUGUUCUGAUGAUGGAUGAUGAUACCCUAGUUAGUGCCUAUGACCUAGUUUUCGCUUUCUCCAUUUGGCAGCAAUUUCCAGAUCAGAUAGUGGGAUUUGUUCCUAGAAAGCAUGUGCCUAGCCCUUCAGGGAUAUACAGCUAUGGAAGCUUUGAACUGCAGACUCCCAGCAUCGGAAACGGGGACCAGUAUUCCAUGGUCCUAAUAGGAGCAGCCUUCUUCAGCAGCGAAUACCUAGAACUAUUUCAAAAACUACCUGAAGCUGUGCACGCCAUGAUAGACGAGACUCAAAACUGUGAUGAUAUUGCCAUGAAUUUCUUAGUGGCCAAACAUACUGGAAAGCCUUCGGGCAUGUUUGUGAAGCCGGUAGACAUCAGGAAUUUAGAGAAAGAGAGUAACAGUGGCUAUUCUGGUAUGUGGCAUCGGGCCGAACACUUGCUCCAGAGGUCUUACUGCCUAAAUAAAUUGGUCAGUAUCUAUGGCAACCUGCCCUUAAAAUAUUCUAACGUUAUGAUUUCCCAGUUUGGUUUCCCAAACUAUGCUAAUCACAAGAAUAAAAUGUAAGGAGGUGCUGCAAGGAAAUGCUUCAGCAUGCUUCCCAGCCAUUGAAAUGAUAAACUCAGUAGAGAAGUAAGUAUGUAAGAGAUCUGUAGGUUGCACACUAUUUGGAGCUUCCUCCUGCAAAAGCUCUUUGGGGAUGUGAGGUCUAGUUGAAGUGUUGCAUCUCUGUGGCUCAGCAUGCAAAAAGCUUCUUCAGUUGGCUUUGUCAUUUAUCCGCAUUUCAGUCAACCCAACCCGCUUGCAUGAAGCCGGAGUAUCCCAGAAAUGCAGGAGCAUUCACAUGAUCAGUGUCACCAAUAUGUCUCCAGCAAAAAGUGCUAAGCCCACAAGAAUGUUUACUAUUGGCCGGCUGGCCCACAUUUAUCCAUGUUAGUUAUUUGUGACCUAAAAGAAGAACCGGUUUGUGUAACAUUUUCCCCAGCAGUUCUUGUUCCUCGUAGAUAAGCAGGCCAGCAGCUAUUUACAAGCCUGCACAUUUGCAGUGAAAUCGUUCUCCUUUCCCCUCAAAUAAUAAAAAUAAAUAAAUAAAAACAGGGCCAAAUAUUCAGAGUAAGUGCACACAUCUUUUGGUUUGUGCCCAUGUGAGGAAUUUCACAUCCACUUCCUUACAUCUAUUUGCCAUCCACUUCCUUGAAUCUAUUUAUCUUAGCAACGGUUGUUUUGUUUGCAUUUCAGAAGAGUUUUACUAACACUUCUCAGGCCAAGGGCCACAGUGAAUUGUUUGCAGAGUUUUCUGGUUCUGGCAUAACUACAAAGCAUCUCCAAGCUUGGACAACUUGUACUUUGAGUUGCUGUUCUUCAAUCUGAAAUGUUCCUGGGUCUCCAAGGUGAGAGACCAGCUUCAUCCUCUGCCCUGUUACAAAAACCUAUAAAGGCAGCCUUCUUAGGGAUGGAAGUGCAUGGAAAUCCUAAAGAAGACAUGGAGAAGGCAGGGCAAUUGGGGUAGACACAGUGAAAACAGUAGGGAACUUUAGUUACAUUCUGGGACACUGUCUUAGCCAUAGUCUGUGUUCCUCCUCUGUAUUCAAGAGCUGCAGUCCUGAAUCCAAUUACCUGCUUUCCAUUGCAGCCAGAGCUGGGAUCCAGAGAGUCCAUACUGUGCAUGUUCUAUGGGUACAGCCAUAGGUCUUUGCUUACUUUUUCACCAUGGCAUCCCCUUCCACCAGAAUAUACAAGCCACACUUUAAUCUCCACCAGGGACGUUGCUAGGCCCUGUCCCCAAACCUAAUUUCCAGGGGCCCAAUCUAUUUCCCAGAACCCUGAGUGUCUGUUUGUGACAAUGGACAGGGGGGUUUCUAAGCUUGAUUACCAUGCAGGUGGUUAAUUUCAAGAGGAACUGCAGCUGGGAAAUUAAGGGGAAACUUCACUCCCCAUAUACUUCAACCCCUAAAAUACACAUGCACGCACGUGCACUGGCAUGACAAUUAAGCUUAGAAAAAAGUGCUUCCAUCAAUGCCAAUGGGAGGAAUUUUUAAAGCUUAAUUGCCAAUUGGGAUUUCUGGGGGGGAUCACAGUCAGAGAGGGGAAGAUGAAUCCUCCCCUCCCAGUAGGCUGUGGCCCCCUAAAAUUCCCGCCUGCUUGGGAAUUAAGCCUAUGGGCCUGGGCCCCUAAUCUUUUAAGUGCCUAGCAAUGUCCCUGAUUCCCACCAUGUUUAAAUACAACUUUGCUGUUCAGAGGGACCUGCUGGAAUAAAACCAGGUAAAUGGAAACAUCUAGCAGUGUGCAUGCUGUUCUUGACUAGUUCAACAGGAACAAAGCAUGCAUAACUGUGGAGGAUUGCAGCCCCCACCUGCAGUGUAUCAGUUAUAAUGGUGACGUGCCAUUCUCAGUGUCUAAUCCUGACCUGUGUAACAUGCAUCCCCAGGCAAUACUGGGCACAUCAGCCAUACAGGCUGCAAAAAUGGGGACUUGUCUCUAAAAUCUGGCAGGCUACAGUCAACCUGGAGCUCGACUAUGUUUCUUUGUUUGGCAUCACGAGUGUGCAUUUGUUCUGGCAUUCUGUAGAUAUCUGAAAUUGGUGGUUGAUUACUUUUUCAGAAAAAUAAAUAUAACCUUGAGCCUAGCUCUAGAAUUGGAGCUAUGCUACCCCAUAUAUCAAGGUGCCAUAUUUCCUAUUUCUAUCCAUUCAACUAAGCUUUUUAUGUCUGAGUUUGUAUUUGACUUCUUGUAUUCUGUUCCAAGAAAUAAGCUAGAAACACACUGUGGUGUUGAGAAUAUUUAUGUUGUAGAAUUCAAUAGCAGCUGCAGCUGCCUGAUUCAAUUGUAUUUGAUUCAGAAUGUAUUUUCCCCUAAGUCGUGUGUGUUUUGCUCUUUUAUAUUAAUGUGCUGUUGGGGUUUUUUUCCUUUGUUUUCUUUAUCUUUCUAACAAAAAAGCUAAUAAAGAUGCACAGUGAUGACAAA